CGCGUCGAGGAAGCCUCUCAUUUCAGGCGCACGCGUAUGAGCAACAGCACCUCCAUUAGCUUGCCAAACGCCACAAGCGAAGGCGUAGUGCGGCCUCGACAUCCCGGGUUCCACCUCCAUCGACGUCGGCCAAGUUCGGACAAGCUCCCGAGCUCCACAUCCUCAAGGCCGCUACCCUCGAGCAGUCCCGCUGAUAAGUCUCAGGGUCGCCGGCGGUGGCAGCGAGUUCUUGCUUGCUUCCGGUGGUGGGAGGACGCGUGGGCCAUGGCGGUGGACCGCGGAUUCCUGCUCCUCUACCUCCUCUCGGCGGCCGCCGCCCUGGCCGGGGUCGCCUCUGCCGCCGAGCCUUUCUUGUCCGACGGCGUGUUCCAGGUGACCGCCGGAUCCACGGGGAGGAGCUUGUUGCAGGCCAAGAAGGAUUGCCCUGUGAGCUUUGAGUUCCAAAACUACACAAUCAUCACAAGCAGAUGCAAAGGGCCAAAAUUUCCUGCCAGCCAAUGCUGUUCCGCUCUCAAGGAAUUCGCCUGCCCAUUUUAUAUGUACCUCAAUGAUGAAAGCAACAGCUGUGCGUCGACAAUGUUCACCUACAUCAAUCUCUACGGCAAGUACCCACCAGGCCUGUUCUCCAGCGAGUGCAAGGAAGGCAAGUUGGGGCUUUCAUGCGCAGAUGUCCCUCAAAGAGACAUUUCCACUGCAAAUGGUGGCCAACACGCUCAACACAGCUUGCUUGGAUGGAUUACUGUCAUGAGUGUGGUAGUAGUGUCGUUGUUCCACUGAAUGAUAACUCCAUUCAUUUCCCCAAAAGAUCGGGUGUUUCAACUGAUGAGGCUUUGAGUUUGAUCAUUGCAUUGCACCUUAUGGUGCUCCUGGUGGGUUGGCUGCCAGAUUCUUCCUUUCGUGUGUAAAAUCUCUUCUAAUGUAAUUUAUGACUUAUUGUGUAUUCUCUGGAAUUCGACUUGUCGAUGUCAGUGUUUAGCUCAAACUCAACUCAACUCAACUUAACUCAGCGAUAUCAUUGUAUUGUCACUGUUACAUUACAUUAUGAUGCAUACAUAUCAAUUAUCAUUCA